AUGGCUGACCGAGUGGCGGACUACUCGCGGGCACAUAGCCUCAACACCGUUACCGCACCGCCACCGGCCACCGCUGCAGACCCGGCGCUCGCGAGCAUCGAGAACCGUUUGGACGCCCUUGUCAGGCGCCUCGAUGGCUUUGUACCUGCGCAUCGUCGACCGUCAUCCAGGUUCCAGAUACACAGUCGCUCGUCGACGCCCCCACGUUCUCCGGAACUUCGGUCAACCGAUGCGCCGCGGGACGUCUCAUCCUCAACCCGACAAAUGGCUACUGGUACGCGAGAUCUCGGACGCCGAGCUCUGCACCGAGUGACCGACUCGGUCAGCGGCGUCAAUAUGCGCCCAACGGUGUUCGCCGACGAGGUGACGUUGAGUCGCUACGCCUGCUGCGUGUGCCACGUCCUUCCAAGCACGACGAUCGUACUUCCCUGCUCGCACAGCGUGUGCCGGCAGUGCCAGGUUGGCUGCACCGACAAAGAUGGCCGUAGCCUUUGUCCCAUGGACGGAGAGCCAUUCUGCGAGAGCGAGUGCCAGGAGUCGAAGCUUUCGGCAAGGGAGAAGCAGGACCUGAGGGCCUGCUGCUGGAACGAGCCCUACGGCUGCGACUUCGUUGGCCCUCUGGCGGGAGUUCUCGAACACUAUGAGCAAGAGUGCGCUUUCCACGUGUCCCCCUGUCAAAAAUGUGGCGAGAUCCUCGUGAUUGAUAUGCUAGCCGCCCACUACAUUCGCCACUGCAGCUACCGAUUGGCGUCUCAGACACUCUCCGAGUCCCUGCUACAAGGUGACGGCGCCUCCAUCGCGUCGAGUGGGUCUGGUACGGACGAGGAACUGAUGCGCGUGUUCGAGAUGACUGCUGUCGGUGAGCUUCAGCGCACCGUCGAUGCACUUGAGCGAAUGACCGAAACCAUAGACGCCCAAUUGGAGCAAACAGAGGAGCAGCUUGAAAGAUUGGCGAGCAACUGA